UUCCUCCCUUUCCCCUUUCUCCUCCUCCUCCUCCUCCUCUUCUCUCUCUCUCUCUCUCUCUCUCUCUCUCUCUUUUUCUCUCUCAUUUCUUGCCGAAUCAACUCAUUUUCUUGUUUUUAAUUAGGCUUGCAUGGAUCCUUCUGUAUUCGAUUCAUCUCCUCUGAGAAAUGAAAUGUAGUUUUUCGUUCUUUCGUUUGUUGACUUUAAAAUUCUACCCUCCGUCUCGAUCUUUUUCUGGUCAAUGCAGUUUGAUUUCUCCCAGAUUAGGGUUUUCAUUUGCGCCUUGUAUUCUCGAUUAUGAAGAUUUGGGGAUUUGCGUAUCGGAGGAUGUAGUGGGAUGCGCUGGUGUUACUGGCUUUAGAAUUUCGAUGAUUUUGUGAUUUCAGGAUUUUUUUUUUUUAGGGGUUCUAUUUUUCUGAUUUAAUUAUUAGAUUUUGAUAUUCAGUGGUUGAUUUGAGGUAUAAUUGAAAACUUCGAAAUUUGGUGGGUAAAUUUUGUUAAUCUUUUCUUUUGUGAGGGUCAUUGGCUGGGUGGGGAUGAGAUUAUGCGGCAAUAAGUGCUUUUUGGCAUAAAUCUGGUGUGAAAUCGUAGCGAUAUUGAGCUCUUUUGGGGGUAGGUUUUGAAGAGAGCUUGAAAAUGGAUCAUGUGAUCGGUGGCAAGUUUAAGCUCGGAAGGAAGAUAGGGAGUGGCUCUUUUGGGGAGCUCUAUUUAGGUGUAAAUGUGCAAACUGGAGAGGAAGUUGCUGUUAAGCUGGAAUCUGUGAAGACUAAGCAUCCUCAGCUUCACUAUGAGUCAAAGUUGUAUAUGCUUCUUCAAGGAGGAACUGGAAUUCCUCACCUCAAGUGGUUUGGGGUUGAGGGAGACUACAAUGUCAUGGUUAUCGACCUUCUUGGACCAAGUUUGGAGGAUCUGUUUAACUACUGCAAUCGGAAGUUCUCGUUGAAAACAGUGCUAAUGCUUGCAGAUCAACUGAUUAACAGGGUUGAGUACAUGCACUCAAGAGGUUUUCUUCACCGUGACAUAAAGCCUGACAACUUUUUAAUGGGCCUGGGACGAAAAGCUAAUCAGGUGUACAUCAUUGACUAUGGUCUUGCUAAGAAGUAUAGAGAUCUUCAGACACAUAAGCACAUACCAUACAGGGAGAACAAGAACCUCACUGGCACUGCACGGUAUGCUAGUGUCAACACUCACCUUGGAGUCGAACAAAGUCGAAGGGAUGAUUUGGAAUCUCUUGGUUAUGUCCUAAUGUAUUUCCUGAGAGGAAGCCUACCCUGGCAGGGACUAAAGGCUGGAACGAAAAAGCAAAAAUAUGAUAAAAUUAGCGAGAAGAAGGUAUCAACUCCUUUAGAGGUGUUAUGUAAAUCAUAUCCAACUGAGUUUAUGUCAUAUUUUCACUACUGCCGAUCAUUGCGGUUUGAGGAUAAACCGGAUUACUCAUAUCUGAAGAGGCUUUUCCGAGACUUAUUUAUUCGAGAAGGUUAUCAGUUUGAUUAUGUCUUUGACUGGACUGUGUUGAAGUACCCUCAAAUUGGUUCCAGUUCCAGAGCACGGCAUCACACUGGGAAACAAGGAUUAACAGGUCCAGCUGCUGAAAAACAAGAGAGGUUUUCAGUUGGGAAAGAGAUACGGGACAGGUUCUCUGGGGCAGUUGAAGCAUUUUCCAGAAGAAAUGUUUCAGGCACUAGUCCACGUGAUUAUUCCAAACACAGGAGCUCAGAAGAUGGACCUUCAUCCAAACAUGUGCAUGAUUCAGAAAAAGGUCGCAGCUCUUCUAGAUAUGGAAGUGCUUCAAGAAAAGCAAUUGUUUCUAGCAGUAGGCCAAGUUCCUCUGGUGAACCAGGUGAUAGCCGGGCCUCAAGCCGAUUAGUUUCGAGCAGUGGUGGAGGCCGCCCAUCUACAACGCAGAGAUCAUCCCAACCUGGUUAUGAGUCAAAAACAAGCUUUUCUCGUGCUGCAGCUUCCAGAGGCCCUCGUGAAGAUGCUCUUAGGAGCUUUGAGCUUCUCUCAAUCCGAAAAUGAGGGGAAGUAUGAUGUUUGUAAGAUGAUUGCCAAUGCAUGAUGCAUCUACUUUGGAAAAACUCUUCAAAGUGGGGAGCUAUCAUAGAUUCCGAAUUCUCUCACUUCUGUAUAUGGGAUAUCACCAACCAACGGCAUUACAGGUCAUUUUGCUUCCCUACAGCAAACUGUCUCAAUUCUUUCCUAUUCCAUUUUCUUCCCCAAAUAUUUUCUGGCCGUUGUAACAUGUUAUGAACACAUCCAUGAGCGAGUUCGUGUAUUGGAAUUUUCAUAUAUGAAGACUUAAACAGCUGUAAUAAAUUCUGUUUAUUUGUCCA